AUGGCCGAACAAGAUACUGCCCUCCUGGCAGAUUGCGACGCUGAGGUGAAGUGUCUGCGAGAUCAGAUCGAGCAAAUGAUCAUCGAGAGAAACGAAACAACUAUUGCCCGAGAUGAGGCAAACCUCGCAAGUGAGGAAACUGCUCGUGUGAACGAACAGAUGAGGGCGAACUUCUCCAAGGAUCUCAAGGAGAUCAAGGAGACGAUGGAGGCGAUAAAGAAGCGCUCUUCGAGUUCGAGAGCUGCUAAUCCUGACGCUGCUGAGAGUCCUCAGAGCGAUCACAGGCCUGUUUCUCCGCUGAGAUUCACGAGGGCAUGGUUAUCUACCCCAUCUCCCUUCCCUUCAACCAACCCGUUUGCGCGUGACGUUAGGUUCGCAAACGACACUGCAAACAACCACAGUGAACACGUCAUCUUCUCAUCAGACGAAGAGGGCGAUCAGGAUGUAGAGGAAGUGAUCGAAAGCCCCGCCGUCAGACUGGCGCACGAGGCAUACGAGAAGGCUGUCGCCACCACCAAGAGCGCCGCCAAGGAGAAGAAGAAGGACUCAGUCAAGUCCAAGGUCAAGGCUGAGAGGAAGCCAUUCGCGUUUGAAGACUCCUCCGAGAGCGAGAUUCCGUUGCCCAGAUCAAAAGGCAAACGGAAGGUUGUUCGCUUUGAGGAUCUGACCACUGACGAAUCCAUCACCGACUUAAACGACGAUCCUUCAGAUGAUUCGUCGUCGUCAUCAUCCUCAAGCUCCUCGUCGUCAGAAAACAAGAUCUUGAUAGGAUCACACAGGAAGCGCAAAGAAGCGCGCCACAAGACGAAGCUUGAGAAGGUCGAGAGCGAGUGCAAGCUCAAGUGGAAGCGCUUCAGCUUCAAGCCUGACAAGGAGGCCUAUCUCAAGGGCCCCGGCAACUGGGAGAGAUAUAGACAAGCUCUCUUCCUUGCACUGUACGAUAUCGGUUGGGAAGACGACAUGAAGCUCACCGAUCGUGACAACGUUCAUCUGGCGAAGUACAUUAUCGAGAACUGCAAGCCGGAACCAAUGGAGUUGGUCUCAGGGCUCCGAAGCGGCACGAAGAUGCUCAAAACGUUUGCCAGAACGUGGAAGGACACCGGGAAGGUGUACCAGCGAGGUCUUUGGAGAGACCUAAUGGGGCUCCAAUACGAUGGCAAGGACCCCACCAAGCACACGGCUACCUUUGUUUGUCUCGUUCAUCAGAUUCGAGACUCUGGAUCGGACCUGGAUCACGAGCAACAGGUCACAAUGUUCUUGAUCAGUACGGAAAAGAACGCUGGAGACUGGAAUAAGACCACCAGCAAGGUCAUUCGCUCCAUGAAGAGGGUGAAGCUCCAGUUCCUGAUUGACGACUUCACCAACAAGUUCAGGUCGAAGAUCGGCAAGAAUAACACUCCCCGAGGUGACAACAACAGCCACAACGCCGAAUCUGACAAUAACGGCGGUGGCCGAGGGAGAGGCAACGGCAGAGGCCGUGGAGGUCGAGGCCGUGGUGGCCGCAGUGGCCGUGGGGGCAAUAACAACCGCGGAGACAAUCAGGGAUCCCGCGAAUAG